AUUGACCACCAUCUACUUUUACCCCUAGGGAAAAAUAAAAAGAAACUCAUCCCUUACAAGCCAGCUUCCAAACAAAGAGAAUUAAUGGAAAUUGAGAUUCGCAGGUAUUAUUCUCCUUCUUGUCCGUUGAUGUUUUGUCGAGGAUAAAAGCAGCACAUAUAUAUUAUUAUUUAUAAGAAAUUCAGGCAGUUUUUUCUUCUUCUAGUCUAUGGAUAUCUCCAUCUCCAUAAUUAUUCCAAGAAACCAUGUUUUUUCUUCCCAAAACAACUAAAUUAGAUCUCUCCUUUUUUUUCCAAUUUGUAGAGUUGAAGAAUAUCAAGAUUAAGAUUAUUGAGUUCCCAUAUAUCCAUGGCUUAUGAAGGUUUUGGUAAUUACUUUGGGGGGCUUUCAAUAUGACCAUGAUUAAUCCUUCUCAAAACCUUUCUAAACAGAAUCUUCAAAGCAGUGUUUAUGUUUAUGGUUUUGGUGAUUACAAGAGUUAUAGUCUUAUGAACGAAUUCGCGCAAGGGGGAUAUGAACGUUAUAGCAGAUUACAAGAUUGUUUAGGAUCUGAUCUAGCACUGAUUGGAGUACCUCAUCAAAAUUCUUCAAUGGCUGAAGAUGAGUCAAGAACCGGAAGUAUUAAUGAAACCGGCUCGAGUUCGAAGGAUAACAUUCAUGAUACUAACAACAACAACAACAUUCGAGAAAAGGCUAAAGAUAAGGUCGAGGAGGAGGAGGAUCAGGAAAAAGGAUGGCUUCAGUUGAGUAUUGGUGGGCAUACGUAUUUGCCCACCAAUAACAAGCCAGAAGGAAAUCCAAGAAGAUCAGGCGGAUUAGUGGAACUUGAUCUAUUACCAGCAGAUGGCAUGAUUGGUCCUAGUUCUGAACAAGGAACUAGUACUAAUGUAUGUACUGUUGCUAAUUUUCCAGCAGUACAUACAUUUCCUCAUCAUCAUAAUAUACAUGAAUUUCGAGCACCACCACCACCUCGAACACCACAGCUUAUGACUACUCCUAGUACGACGUCAUCUUUGUUUUUGCAACAUCCUGGGGGAGGAACUAGUUCAACAAUGUUCCAACAACAAUAUCAGCAAGAGAUUAUUAACUGGGGUUUUAGACCUAUGCAGCCAAUCCAACAUAAUUUCAAUCUGUCUCUAGUGUCAGCAGGCUCACAUUUUGGUUCUGGACUAGGAAUUCCAGCAGCAAGCUCACAUUUCGGUCCUGGACUAGGAGUUCCAGGACCAAGUUCUAUAGAUUUCAGGGUCAUUCAUCCGCCUCGAAGACCACAUUCCGGGUUAUGGUUUUCACUACAACCAUCCUCAAACCAAACAAAAGAACCCUUUUUGCAGCAGAUAUCCAAGAGCUACCUUAGAAUCAAAGAUGGGAGGAUGACAAUACGAUUAGUCUUGAAGUAUUUGGUCAAUAAGCUCCAAUUGGAAAAUGAAUCAGAGAUAGAGAUAACAUGUAGAGGCCAACAGCUACAACCAUUCUUGACAUUGCAACAUGUAAGAGAUCAUAUAUGGAGUACCAAUGCUGCUGACAAUAUCCUCACUUUGCUUCCUUCAGAAACUUCUAAUCAUGUCAUGGUUCUACAUUAUGGUAGAAGUGCCGCUCAAAAUUAACUGACAGAAAUAUCUCGACUUUUCUAGAACAGGAUUUCCAGUUCUAACAAGAAAAGGAAGGAAAUGUGAAAGCCCAACAGGACUCCUAUUGGCUAUUACAAAACAAGCUCUACAUAUUUAAUGUUAGACAAAAGUUGACUGAUGCUUUGUUUAGGGAUGAGAGUCACUCCUUCUUUUCCGAGUUUGCCUGCAUUCUUUGGACAAACAGGGCACUCCCCUUUCUCGAGGAAGCCGACGACGAGAAUUUAUAAUCGUCAAGAAAGGGUGCUAAAUUAUUUAAUUUUUUUUUCAUGGUAUUAUUGUUAAACUAUUGUUACUCCCUCCACUUUCUUUUCCUUCCUUACUCACCUUAUUGAUUGCUUUUGGCUA